AUGGGGAAUUUAUAUAGCGGGUACCAGGGCUCCAAGGAGUGCAGUACCAUGUAGCGAGAAAUAUGGCGAAAACUUACGAUUUCCUCUUCAAGUUACUUUUAAUUGGUGAUUCUGGAGUCGGAAAAACUUGUGUACUUUUCAGAUUUUCGGAAGAUGCCUUUAAUUCAACGUUCAUUUCAACGAUAGGUAUAGAUUUCAAAAUCAGAACAAUAGAAUUAGAUGGCAAGAAGAUCAAGCUGCAAAUAUGGGACACAGCAGGACAAGACAGGUUCCGAACCAUCACAACUGCCUACUACAGGGGAGCAAUGGGGAUCAUGUUGGUGUACGACAUCACAAACCACAAGUCUUUUGAGAACAUCAGUAAUUGGAUAAGGAAUAUUGAGGAGCAUGCCUCGUCAGAUGUGGAAAAGAUGAUUCUCGGCAACAAAUGUGACAUGGAAGACAGGAGGGUCGUCACAAAGGACAAAGGCGAGCAGCUGGCGAUAGAGUACGGAAUCAAGUUCAUGGAAACUAGUGCCAAAGCAAGCAUCAAUGUUGAAGAGGCUUUUGUAACUCUAGCACGAGACAUCAAGGCAAAGAUGGACAGAAAGCUGGAUGCAGGAGGAGGCCCGACUAAAAGCCCUGGAACAGUUCAACUCACGGGAACAACGACACAGAAGAAACGGGAAUGGAAGUUCUGCUCCCUUCUGUAAAUAUAUGUAAUGUAUUAUCGUCCGUUUUACCGAUCACCACGACCAUUCACCUGAUGACACAUGAUCAGCUUCUGGUAAAGGCCAGUGAACACUUCAGUUCAGUGAGUUUGGGAUCGUGGAGGUGGUGUCUUUUUUUUCCCCUAUCCCCAAAGUUGCAACAGAGCGCGCUCAACAGAGCUGAUCAGAGCGUGCAAAGAUCUUUUGAUGGAGUGGCACAGGAUGUCUUUCUCAGAGACAAAGGGCUUGUUGGCUCCGGCAUACUUUGCAGCACCAGAUAUGGGCUGGUAUUCAGAACCCUGAGGGAAUUGACUCUGGAGCCAGUGAACUACGGAAAGAGAUGCCACCACACACACGUGAUUUUUCCAUGUACAUCCUUUUAUACAUACUAGUUCAUUUAAUAGAAACUUUGUCUGCCCAUAUCUGUCAAAACCCAACACCCGAUAUGACACCUUUUUAAUAACUUCGUCAAUGCACACACAGUCUGGCCACUGUCACCGGUACUUGGCAUGGGCCACAUGUCCCUGCCUGGUUUUUGGUCUUCAUUUUUUGUUUUUGGUUUUUUUGGCCGUAAAAUGUUGGGUUUUGGAAGAUUUGGCAAGUUUUCUAGCACAAAUUUCUAAAGGAGUAUUUCUGAUAGACGGGCAUCCUCUUGACAUACAUUUCAGUCGUGGAUCUAAGGAGAUGUGACCCUCUUGCCCUUUUCAAGCCCUCUUCCAUUGAGCAUUGAAAACAAAAUAUCGUCAGUGGAGGCUGACAUUUUUAACUGCAGCAGAAUUGGAACAAAGGCUUUAAAAAGUAUUACCUCAAACUUUCACCCCGCCCUUGCCAUGCAAUGGUCACCAUUGUGUUUAAACCUUGCAUCAGAUGGCUCCCCUACCACUUGCCACUCUGACUACUAUUGGAUAAAUAUUCAAAUCUUGCGAAGAAGAUCACUUCUACAUAACCAAAUCUCAUCAGGUUUGGAUUUGUCCGAUAAAAGACGUUAUGAUUCACUGUCUGCCACCCUCCCUGUUUACAAGAUACAGGAUGUUUUGUUAUUAUAUGAAAAAAAGGAAGAUUUUCUUGCUGUUAAUUAAACGAACUACCUUUCAAAUUUCAAAUGCCAGUGACACGGAGAACAAGAAAAUUAGUUUCUUGUAGAAAGUUACCAAUCGGAUUGCCUGUAUUAAGCAUUGAAAGCUUGGACAGAGUGGUUGCCAUUGGUUUUUUUCUCUUCAUUGAGAGAAAGUGUAUUUUUCCAUCGUCACAAAUUAUUGGCGAGAUGCAUGUAUCCUGUACAUACGAGAAGCUUGUGCUAUCCAGUUUAUCUAACCAAACAUGACCUUUGACCCAAAACUGGGAGGGGCUUUUGUAAUGCCUCCAAAAUCCCUUUUCGAUUUUUGCUCAGCUCAAUCAAGACCCCACCUAGGGAAGAUAAGAUGUCUUGCCAUUUCAUUGGCGCAAGUUUGAAUCUACUUGUCGGGCCACUGAAGUGUAACUUUUACCAAAGUGACAAAGUUAAUCAGCAGACUAGUACCAAAUUUCUGCACCUUUACAGAAGCAAGGGCAGAGUAAUGCAUCACAGAUCACUUGUUUGUAAGUGCAAAAUGAACCGUUUGCAUCCUUCAUCUGACUCCAAACCAUGUAUGCAGAACUGACUCCAAACCAUGUGUCGAGAUGUAUCCUCUGCAGUAAGAGGAUUCCUGUAUUGUUUAAUGUCAGAGCCUUCUGACAUCCUCGAUCAAAAUGGGAUCCAAAAUACAUUGCCAUUUCAUCAGCUAUGUCCUAUCCAGUGCAGAUGAGCCGUAAAAUAAAGUCUGCUUGGUUGGAUGAUUGUCCUUGUGAGUAUGCUAAUAGUUUUUGAAAAAGGACUAACAAAGUAGCCAUUUGGAGGGGGCGAUUUGGGGUCAAAGGUCAGACAUUAAUGUAAAAAGGUGAUAAUUGCCAUGCCCUCUUAGUUUUUUUCAGUAACUUUUUAUAAUUGUUUAAGGGCACUUCAAGAGUAAUUUUCUGUGAUAUUUACAGGUAGAUAAGCAAGUGGGAACAAUUUCAGCAAAACGUGGAUUUCAAACUGACAAGAUAAGGGCUGAGCGCUCUCUGGGGCAAUCAAGGCUCAGUAGACAUUUAUUGUGAUGCUGCCAUGUUUGUCUCGUUCCCUGUGGACCCAUUUGCAACUUCACCUAUUGAUACAAGGGAACAGACUCUUAUUCCCUCCAGACUCGGUUUGAUUACAUUGCCUUUGAAUGGUAGAAAAGCAAGAUGGCUGCCCCAUGAUAGAGGUCUAUACACAAGUCUCAUAACGUUGUGAAGACCCCAUUUGCAGUCCCAGCAGAACCUCAAAGAAGGAAGGAAACAUCUAUUAAAAUUUUUUUUUUCUUUUCUUGUUUCCCCCAUGUUUACUAUUUGUAUAAUGUUGGCUGGCAUGCAUGAAAUCGAGUGGCUGCCUCUUCCUCCAAGCUGCACAAUACGUCCAGCUUGGUGGGAAGGACAAGGCGCGAGAAGUCAGAUUGAGUUGACAUUCUGUUUUACUGAAAAGGACGUUGGUAAUCAACACCAGCAGGUCUGUGGGAAGUUUCCUUGUCAGCCUGGGAUACCGGUGAAACGACAUGAUAAAAUGAAUGUGAAACUGUCAUUUGGGCCUUUCUUGUUGGAUUGGUGGACCGUUUGGGCCCACAAUCACAGUUACUGUCUUCCUUUUGUAUAUUGGUUAAUGCACAUACAUUUACCUAUGCUUGAUGUACUUACAGAUAGCUCUGCUUAUAAAAGAAAGUGAAUGAUUCUGUGGUGAUGACUGUGUACUACGUAAGAAGGUGAUUCAUAAAGAAAAAUGGUGCAUUCCCAGAACAUAAUGAGCAUACAGAUUGUAUAUUGACAUUUAAAAAGAAAAAUAAGUAAAUUAAAAAUUUUAAACAGCAUAUUCAAGAACUUGUAACAACUUGCCUGCCGUAAUAAGAAGCAUCCGUAAGUAUCUGGGAAAAAAUUUAUUUAUGUCGCAAAUUGAAUUGGGCAAAAGUCCAUAUCUCAUUCAAUAAAUACUUGAUUUUGGUUUGCUAAAAACAGUGGUUUCUUGGCGUCUUUAUGUCAGAACUGACGGUAGCAGGAUUUUUUUUCUAGGAAAGUUUGUGUCAGGACAAGCUACAUUGAGAUGAUGAAACAUAAACUAAGCACGGAAAAAUUGGUCUCUCAGAAAGGGUUACAAAUCAAAAAUAUGUGUAACUUUUGAAGCAUUUAUCUGGGUUCAUGGCUGAAAUUUGCCGGGCAGUUGCAUUUGCCAAGUAAUUUUUAUCAAGUUGUGAACAUUUCGCACAAGCCUAGAAUGAAUACAUUUUUACAUCCACACAAAAGAAAAAAAAUAUUUGUCACAAGUUUUUCAACUCUCUAUGAGCAUUGCCCAUGUAAAUAUUUAAUUUGUUAAUGUACAUUGUAUGCAUUUGUCUUAAUUUGUUGCUAUAGAAAUUUCUAUUGGAUCUGAAUAUAUCUUAUGCAAACCAGGAGUUUACACUUAAUGUUUCGAGUUGAUACUGCAGAAAAAGUAAAUUUCAUGUUAAUCUAUAAUAAGCUACAAAUCUGGCUCUUUUUCAGUUGAUUUGGUCCUUAAAGGCAAUACCUUCUGUAGAAAAUGUCAAUCCGAUCGCAGAGUGGCCAGCUGUAGCCAUGGGCGUCGGUUACAAGUGGUACAAUUUGCAAAAAUAAGAAAAUGAUUUCCUUUAUUUCAUCAUGUAAAUAGUCGAUAGUUAAUCUUUAAAUCUACACAAAUGCUAAACAGGACCUUAAUUCAGACUAAAGAUAUGACUUUUUAGCUGGCCUCCAUUCAAAGUUGUGUAAUCUUAGAGUCAUAGCCAUUUCUUGUAUUUAUUGAGGGGGUGGUCAAACAUUUCCGAACUAUUUUGGGUGAGGCUCGAAAAACUCUUAUGUCAGUUGAUAUGCUCUGCCAAUACGAGGACGAUCAUGAGCUCCAAAUUUGGAACAUUGGUGGAUCUUGUAUGUGCAUGCACCUUAAUCCAGACAUGUUGACAAAUGCAUGCUGUUUAUUGAUAAUCAAGUUUGUGUGAAAUUGAGCUUUACAAAAAAGUAAUACCACUGUUGUAUAAUUCCAUACCGAGAGGUACAGGGAUUCAUUGAAUUUUUGUCGCUGAUUUACUCUUGUCAAGAAGCCCUCUGUAUUGAGGGGUUUUUGUUUUCAAUGUUUUAGGAAUUGGGAGGCAUUUUUUUUUAAGUAUUGAGACUUUCGUCCUUCACUGACUUAUAUUGUGAAAAAAAGGCUUACUUUGGUGAGACUUGAACACCAAAGGAAGACUUUACUGCCAGAGCAGUGGCAAAUUAUAAAAAGUGGAUCUGUCCAAACUUACAUUUGCAGCUGCAUAUAACAGGGUGCCUAUUGAAUCCACUGGCUAGCCACUGUGGCCACUUCCAAUAGACCCUUGUGCUACCAAGCCAACCAAGGCAAAAUUGGUGCUGCUGGUCCAUGCUAUGACACUCCUGUGUGGGAUAUCACAGUAUGCCUUGUUCGCAUUGUUACAAAUCAAAAGCAAUAUGGCCUUGUGUUAAAUUGGCGAAGGGAAAAUGUCACUUGCCCAAUGUCAAAUAUUAUUUAAUGCAAAUGUGCAGAUUGUAGUUUGUGGGUAUUUUUUUACAUAAUACGGCUUGUUUUGUUGUUUGUUUGGGAUUUUUGUUUCCAUUUUUUUCCUGCGACAUCAGAACUAAGGCCUAAUUAUACAACGCUGCUUAAUGAAGGUAAAGAAAUCCUGUUUACUAUAGCAAAAUUUUCUGUGUUGACAGUUUCAGUUUUUUGUUCGUUAGCGUAUUUUUUGUAAUUUUAACAAUGAAGCAUUGUUCACAACCUCAUGUAAACCUUGUAAGAUGUAUACAUAUUCUUUUCUAUACUUUCUAAUAUUACAUUUUGCUACAUAGAUGUAUACCAUUCUUCAUAACAUGUGCUAUUUCUAUUUAGUUUACUAUGCAGCAAAAUUAGUUGAAAUUUCAUUUGGCUGUCCCAGCAAUGACUGGAUCUUCAACAAAACAGGUGUCUCUGGAGUAAUGGCUGACUAGGAAUUCAAAUGAAAUCGGCCAUCUUGAAUAGCAGAUGUUGUUUCCAAGUUGAAACAGGAACGCUGCAGGUUCUUGCUUCAUCUGUAGUAUAGGCAUGUUUGAUGAAAGACAAUCCAUUUAAAGCACAAGAUCAACCCCCUCCAGGGGGAUGUGAUCUCUCUUCUGAAGGUUAGUAGUGGCACUUCAGAGCUCUGUGAGGGGGUUUAUGAUGACCUUAGUUUCCUUUCCAUUUUCAGCUUCAUCUCUGGACCUCAAAGCUAGUUGUGGGCCCUUACUAUUCAGACCAAAGGAAAACUAAUACCAUCUGCAGCUACAAUUUGAUACUAAUUUGCUUGAGUCAAAAACUACAAAGUCGCCUACCCAAAACAUCGCAGCCCAAGCUGGAGAGUAGCCUGUGAUUUUAGAAACCCUGUUGGUGGAAUCCGAGGAUUCAUGAGUGCUUAGGGUUAGAUUUGAACUAAAAACAAUCUGAUGCAAACACAUGAAAAAAAAAAUCCAAAAUUGUCAACAUUGCCUUGUGAUACUUGGGCUGAAGGUGAUUCCAAGCUCCAGUUCCACUGAACCAAGCUUAUCGAUGCUCCCCUAAUCUCUUUACCUCUUCUUCAGUUAACCAGGAUUGGAAGUCCUAGCAUUCUCUUUGGAUUACAUUUCGAAGAUUCAGUUAAGUUUACAUCUGUACUGUCUUAGUAUCUCGAUGCACUGGGACUUGACUUUGUCGCUGAUUCACAGCAGAACAUGGUGUUACAAUACAUGUAGUCCUUUUAACACGAAUUUACAAUGUGCCUGGCAGAUUUUUAUAGUAAAUUUUUAUUUAACAUUUUAUGGCCUGAAUGUUAAUUUUUGCCGCUUAAAAACUGAAUGUCAUUAUUUGGGGGUUUUGUGUCAGAGAAGGGAAUGUGAGUUGUAGUGAACUGCCAUAUCUGUGUAUGUGUCUUGGUCUCUGAACAGGUCUCUGCCAAUGUAAACUGCCUUCCACACCAUUCUGCCUGAAUCAAGUCUUUUUUUUUUAGUUUGCACAGGCAUGAGAGCUUGACUUGGAGCCUAGUUGACCUGAGGCAAAGUGUACAGUUUUGUCUCCAUGGUAUUAACAAACAGGCUUGGGAUGAAAGCAUUUGGCGCCGUAUACACUGGCCAUUUUUCCUUAUUUAAAAGUGAUAUUUUUUGUUUUAAAUCGGUGGAUGUUGUUUCUAGGUUGGAAUCUGUAUGUAGUAGUUGGUCAGAUGUUAUUGAAUGACAGUGGAUGUCCUCAACAUGAGAACAUGCUUUUGUGUCAUGACCUGUAACUGCUUCAGUGCUUGUCACCAGUUCCUUGCUGUUGUUCUGAAUUUUCUAGCUGUGUAAGUUAAACCCCCCCCCUUUCAUCUUAAUGAUAUUUGCAGUUUAUCUUAUUCUGCAUCACCGUCAUUCUGAUUGAGGUACAUGAUGUGUCCUUCAGGAAAGGUACUAGUAAUAGACGCUUUGCGUGGUAGCCAUCUUGCGGGGCGAUUGUUUGCCACUGCUGGGGAAACCUUUGCGAAGACCCUGUGGAACAAAAUCACUGUCUUUUAAGAUGGCGGCCAUGCAAACCCUCUGUACCACAAGAUUAGUGUGCUAGCCAAUGUUCACAAAACACUGUCAAGGACCAACGGUUCUUGGCCACUACUGUGGACGUGCCCAGUUGACAAAGGUCAUACAUCUGGAUUUGUCUGGACUUUGGACUGGUAUCCCAACAGCUUGCAGAAAGAGAGAGAAAUGUUUAAUGGGCCUCUGUUCUGAUGAUGCCACACUUUGGUUUACAUGUGUGUGUUUCUGUGGAGUCAAUGGUACCCAAGGUCUUUUGAGUUACAUUGGAAAACACACAUGGAUUACAGUGGCAUCAGUACAGGGGCUUACAGUAGAUUUGAUACAAGGAGCCAAGCGUGUCUUUCUUCCUGUGAAAACCUUUAUAUCCCUCUUAUCAAUUUCCUGUCUGUAACAUUUAGCCUGGGUUUUAGCUUUGUAUUUAAUAUAGUAUUCCAUUUCAAUUGCUUACUAAAUUGUAGAACAGGUUGCAAAUUAUGUAAAUUGUCUGGGAAGGGUUAAAAAAAGAACAAGGCUUAUAUGUAUGCAUUGAAGCUUCCAACUGUCAAACAAAACAUGUAUUGUUUGGAAUAAUUGACUCAACUGAAAAAUAAAUCAAAAUUAAAGGGAACUUGA